GUCUCUUCUUGUGGCAGACAGUAACAGGAAGCGCUGCCGGCGCCUCCGAACCCGCUGGGAGAGCGAGCCAUGGAGUUCUCAGAGGAGAGGUUGCGGAAGUGGCUGAGCAAGUAUAAAUUCCGAGAUCUGACCAUAGAAGAACUGAAGCACAUAAAUGAGUUGUAUCCCAACAUCAGGUUCACAAUGAGCACCUACACUUUUAAGGAUGGAUCCCAGAAAGACCUUCUGAACUUUACUGGUACUGUUCCAGUAAAAUAUAAGGGUGAAAACAAUGGACAAUCAAAAGGAGAAGAAAAGAAAAAUGAUGGAGGACUACGCAAAGUUACAAUAAUUGGGGCUGGAGAUCUGGGCCUUGCCUGUAUUUUGGCUAUUUCAGCAAAGAAUGUUGCUGACAAAGUGGUUGUCUUGGAUUGCUCAGAAACUACAGUGAAAGGAGGAACAAUGGACCUAGAAAUCUUUGACUUGCCAAAGGUGGAAAUUAGUCGAGAUUUUUCUGCGUCAGCAGACUCAAAGCUGGUGGUGCUUACCGUUAAUUCUUUAGGCAAUGCUCAGUCCUAUCUGGAGGUUGUUCAGAGCAAUGUGGAAUUGUUCAGGGGCAUUAUUCCAUCAAUAGCUCAUUACAGUCAACACAGUGUACUGCUCAUUGCCUCUCAACCAGUAGAAAUAAUGACCUAUGUGUCGUGGAAGCUGAGUGGAUUUCCCAAAAGCAGAGUUAUUGGAAUUGGUUGCAAUUUGGAUUCAGCAAGAUUCCAGUAUGUUAUUACAAAUCUGUUGAAAACCCAAAGCAGAAGUAAAGACAAUUGGAUUAUUGGUGAACAAGGAGUAAACAAAGUGGCAGCAUGGAGUUCUAAUUCUGUGAUAAAUCAUCCUGGCGAUAAGUUAACAAAUGAUCAACAGGUGUUGACUAACAGAGCCAUGGAAAUUCUGAAAGGAAAAGGCCAAAGGUCUUGGUCUGUUGGUCUGUCAAUAGCUGAUCUGACUGACACUAUAUUGAAUGAUAAAAGAAAAAUACAUUCUGUAUCCACCACGGUGAAGGGGUAUUAUAAUAUAAACAGUGAAGUAUUUUUAAGUAUGCCUUGUGUACUUGGAAUCAGUGGUGUAACUGAAAUGAUGAAGCCCGUGGAAGAGGAUAAUGUAGUUGAAAAACUUCAAACCAGUGCUGCAUCUGUCAAUGACCUUCAACAGCAGCUGAAGCUCUGACUGCCAGGAAACCAUAGAUUUUUGUUCUUAAAAUAUUUGAGAUUACAGAGAAGGUAUUAAUGACCGACUGAGUCAAACAUCAAAUUUUAGUGACUAUUAUUAUAUGGUAACUAAAAUUAGACAAAAACAUUGUGAUUAGGAAAGUUGUUUGACCAUGAUAUUUCCUAAUCAUGAAUUAUUGUACUUCUUUGCCCUUUCCUCAUUUUGCUGUGGCCUUCAAUACUACUAUUCAACUUUGCUCUCUAAAGUAAAUUUUUAUUUUAAUCAGAGAUGUUAGGCAGUCAGAGGUAAUGUAUCACCAUUGGGUUGCUAUUUCC